AUGAGACCAAGAAUUGAAGAAGAGUUGAAUCGUCUCGAAAAAGAAGGAAUAAUUACCAAAGUACCACAUAGUGAUUGGGGAACACCUAUUGUAGCUGUAACAAAACCAAAUGGUCAAAUACGUCUCUGUGGUGAUUUCAAAGUAACUGUUAAUCCAGCUUUGAAGAUUGAUCAAUACCCAUUCCGAAGAGUUGAAGAACUGUUUGAAAUCUUAGCUGGUGGACAAAAGUUCACAAAAUUGGAUUUGAAAAAUGCUUAUUUGCAAUUAGAAGUCGAUGAAGACUGCAAACAUCUACUCACAUUGAAUACACACAGAGGACUGUAUCGUGUAAAUAGAAUGGUUUAUGGAAUUGCAUCAGCUCCAGCUAUCUGGCAACGGGUUCUGGAACAAAUUUUGCAAGGAUUGCCUAAAGUAUAUUAG